AAACAAUAAUAACAAUACCGAAAGUUUAUAGUUUGUGCUGCAUCAAAUGAAUCUUUUAAUUACAUUACCUGUUGUAGCUGCUGGAGUGAUCUAUCUUAUAAGGAAACAACGAGAAUAUUCAUGGGGUUGGGCGAACAAUAAGUCAAGUUUGAAAGGAAAAGUCUUCAUUAUUACUGGCGCUAAUUCUGGAUUAGGAUAUCAGACAGCUAGAGCCUUAGCUAAACGUAAAGCUACUGUUGUAUUUGCAUGCAGAGAUUUAAUUAAAGCAAAUGAAGCAAUCCAAUGUAUUAAAGAGGAAGUUAAAGAUGCAAAUUUAACCGCAUUGCCACUGGAUCUUGAAAUCUUUGAUUCUAUCAAGUCAUUCUGUCAUGAUGUUAAUCGAGAAUUCCCUGAAUUCGAUUGUAUAAUUAAUAAUGCUGGGCUGUCUAUGAAGGAACCAUUUGUUACUAGCGAGGAUGUUGAGGUUCAUACAUUAGCAAAUCAUUUAGGACAUUUCUUGAUGAUCAACUUGUUACUGGAUCUUAUCAAGAAGAAUAAUGCAAGAAUUGUAAUCGUUUCGUCGAAAUUACAUGAAAAAGGAACAAUCAAUUUUGAGACUUUCGGGAAAUUAGUUGAACCUUACACUACAAAGCAGCUUUAUGCAAAUAGCAAGUUGAUGAACUUUUACUUUGCUAAGGAAUUGUACAAGAAAGGAAUUGAUGUUCAUGUUUGCUGUCCUGGAUUGUGCUACACAGAACUGUUUCGUGAUUACACCAUCAAGUUUUAUCAUUGGAUUGUGUUUUCACCAGUCAUUUUACUCUAUUUGCGAUCAGCUGAACAAGGAGCUCAGAAUAUAAUUCACUGUGCAACAGAUGAUGAGAAUGAUACAGAAAAGAAUCCAAGCAACUCGUAUAUUGUGAUGAAUUGUCGACAAACGAAGUCAAAGAUCAAUUUGUCUGAUGAUGUGUCAGAGAAGUUAUGGAUAGAAAGCAAGAAAUUAAGCAAAAUUGAGUAAAUUGAGGCAUGCAUUAUCACGUUAUCUUGAAAAGACG